UCUUGUGAGUUUGUGUGUCUUGUGUACAAACAAGGCCGUGAGCGGAAGCUACAGAAGCGCAACCUGCUCUUGGAAAGUGUCGAUUUCUUCUCGCCGACCCUCCUGAGAAAAGACCUUUGUUUGCUUCUUUCACGUGAGGCGUCGCUCUCCGGAGUCCACAGCUUGGGCGACGCUUCGAUUCGGGCUCGUUUGCGCCCCUUGCGGGGAUUAUUACAGGCAACCAACCACCUCCAACCACGAUUGGUACCGUCCAAUACAUCACCGGGCAAGUCUAGACCUGCCUUGCCACUUAAUGAAUAGUCAUGAGAGCGGCAGAAGGGGUGGGCAUGGGUUUUGUUGUUAGAUGCAACCACGAUGACAGGACCAAGGCGGCAUUCGGGGAAGUGAGGCAAAGACGGACUUCACUCCUCUUCGCGAUGUCUUUGCACACCUUGACCACAUGAGUCCGGAAGAAAGGAACGUUCUGGCGACUCUCGGACUCCGCAGGAGCUAAAAUGCUGUACGCCAGCCACCCCAUGCAGGACUACGCCACGUCCCAGUUCAAUUUGCUCAACGGCAGCAUGGAUCAGAGCACUGACAGUCGAGCUGCCUCGUCGAGCCCGUACAACUCGGAGCACGCCUCCAAUGUCCCGACGCUCUCGCCGUACUCCCAGCCCAGCUCCACCUUCGACACCAUGUCCCCGGCGCCCGUCAUCCCCUCCAACACCGACUACCCGGGACCGCACCACUUCGAGGUCACCUUCCAGCAGUCCAGCACCGCCAAAUCCGCCACCUGGACGUAUUCCCCGCUGCUGAAGAAGCUCUACUGUCAGAUCGCCAAGACAUGCCCCAUCCAGAUCAAAGUGUCCGGCCCUCCUCCGCCGGGGACCAUCAUCCGCGCCAUGCCCGUCUACAAGAAGGCCGAGCACGUGACAGAAGUGGUCAAACGGUGCCCGAACCACGAACUUGGGCGUGACUUCAAUGACGGUCUCUCGGCUCCAGCCAGCCACCUCAUCCGUGUGGAAGGCAACAACCUCUCCCAGUAUGUGGACGACCCAGUGACUGGGAGGCAGAGCGUCAUGGUUCCGUAUGAGCCUCCACAGGUGGGCACCGAAUUCACCACCAUCCUCUACAAUUUCAUGUGCAACAGCAGCUGCGUCGGCGGAAUGAACCGGCGUCCCAUCCUCAUCAUCAUCACGCUGGAAACGCGAGAUGGGCAGGUUUUGGGGCGGAGGUCGUUCGAAGGCCGGAUCUGUGCUUGCCCUGGCAGGGACCGGAAAGCGGACGAGGACCAUUAUCGGGAGCAGCAAGCCCUGAACGAAAGCGCGGCCAAAAACGGCAACCCCAACAAGCGGACGUUCAAGCAAAGUCCGCAAGGGAUGCCAGCACUGGGAGCUGGAAUGAAGAAGCGGAGGCACGGAGAAGAGGAAACAUACUACGUUCCCGUUCGGGGCCGGGAGAAUUUCGAGAUACUGAUGAAGAUCAAGGAGAGCAUGGAGCUGGUGGAGCUGGUGCCCCAGCAGUUGGUGGACUCCUAUCGGCAGCAACAACAGCAACUCCUUCAGCGCCAGACUCACCUGCAGCCUCCGUCUUCGUACGGUCCGGUCCUGUCCCCGAUGAACAAGCUCCACGCAGGAGGGGUCAACAAACUGCCAUCGGUGAACCAGUUAGUCGGCCAGCCGCAACAGCACGGCCCCAACACCGGGCCAAAUCUGGGGCCUAUGGGGCCAGGAAUACUGAACAGCCACCCCAUGCAGUCCAACGGCGACAUGAACGGCGGCCACUCCUCGCAGUCCAUGGUCUCCGGGGCGCACUGCAGCCCCCCUCCGCCCUACAACCCGGAUCCAAGCCUUGUCAGUUUUUUAACAGGAUUGGGGUGCUCCAACUGCAUCGACUACUUCACCUCACAAGGGUUGCAGACCCUUUACCAGCUGCAGAAUCUAACCCUAGAGGACCUUGUUCUUCUGAAGAUCCCCGAGCAAUACCGGAUGAUCAUCUGGAGGGGCCUCCAGGACCUGAAGCAGGGCCACGACUACGGCGCCCAGCAGCUCAUCCGCUCCAGCGGCAACGCCUCCACCAUCUCCAUCGGCGCGUCGGGGGAGCUGCAGCGGCAGCGCGUCAUGGAGGCCGUGCACUUCCGCGUGCGCCACACCAUCACCAUCCCCAACCGCGGCGGGGCAGACGAGUGGGCGGACUUUGGCUUCGACCUCCCGGACUGCAAGUCCCGCAAGCACUCCAUCAAAGAGGAGUUCACGGAGGGGGAAAUCAACUGAGGACAUCAAAUUUAGACAAAUUCCGAAAGCCGGGCAGAUACGAGACACCCAAAGUAUUUCUCAGAACUUGAGGCACAACGGUGGGUCACCUCAUGGAGCUACCACUCCCCUCCGAAAAUGUUCUUUCCACGCGAGUCAACUUACGGUAGAUGUUUUGUGUUCAGCCUAUGAACAUGUCUUGGUUGAAACCGACUUCUACAUUCCCAUUUUCUUUGUACUACGUUGUAAUGCAAAGGACCAAUCUGUUUGCUCCAUUAAGGCGCAGUGGUUCGCUUGGAGAACCUUUGGCACAAGUAGGUUGUAUUAUUUCCCAUCUAAACAACUUAAGGACUCAACCAGCAUUAGAUGUUUGGUGGUCACGUCCAACCAACGGACAUGACUUGGUUGAAACCAAUAGGUUGUAUUCUUUCCCAUCUAAACGACUUAUGGACUCAACCAGCAUUAGAUGUUUGGUGGUCACGUCCAACCGACGGACAUGACUUGGUUGAAACCAAUAGGUUGUAUUAUUUCCCAUCUGAACGACUUAUGGACUCAACCAGCAUUAGAUGUUUGGUGGUCACGUCCAACCGACGGACAUGACUUGGUUGAAACCAACAGGUUGUAUUAUUUCCCAUCUGAACGACUUACGGACUCAACCAGCAUUAGAUGUUUGGUGGUCACGUCCAACCGAAGGACAUGACUUGGUUGAAACCAACAGGUUGUAUUAUUUCCCAUCUGAACGACUUACGGACUCAACCAGCAUUAGAUGUUUGGUGGUCACGUCCAACCCAUGGACAAGACUUGGUUGAAACCAACUGAUAGUUCCCAUUUGCCGGUUCAUGGGUAGAGUCUUUGGUAGUUUGUGUUCUUUCCAUGCUACACAACUUCUGCACUCAACCACCAGUAGAUGUUUCGUGGUCACACUCAACAGAGAAACAUCUUGGUUGAAACCGACCAACCAGAAUUAGAUGUUUUGUGGUCGCAUUCCACAGAGGAACAUCUUGGUUGAAACCGACCCACCAGCAUUAGAUGUUUGGUGGUCACAUUCCACAGAGGAACAUCUUGGUUGAAACCAAUCCACCAGCAUUAGGUGUUUGGUGGUCACGUUCAAUAGAGGAACAUCUUGGUUGAAACCAAUCAACCAGCAUUAGAUAUUUGUUGGUCACGUUCAACAGAAGAACAUCUUGGCUGAAACCGACCCACCAGCAUUAGAUGUUUGGUGGUCACGUUCAACUUGGUUGAAACCAACUGAUACGUUGCCAUGUUCUUUGUACAAAGGACCCACUGAGGACCACUAUGUUCCUCAAGAUCUAUCUUCUCAAAGACGGUUAGACUGGAUGGCCCUUGCGCUCUCCUUCAACUCUUGACUUUGGUUUUAAUCCAUGGCUUCUCCUGCCUUGGAGCAUCACGAAGACUGCUUGGUACCAAACUUAUUUCCUUCAAUAGACUGCCAAAAAAAAUGUCUCCCCGUCCCCGAAUCCUACCAUUCUUUCUGGAAUGAAAAAACAACUUUUUAUAAUUCCACGAUCCCUCGCAUUAGAGGGACCUUUCUGUGUAUGUUGUACAUAUCCUAUGUUGUUGUAAAGUCUAUUUGUGUGUGUGUCUGUGUGGACAGAUGAGUAAGACAUACUACGCCGCGAACACAAAGAGGAAGAUUCUUUUAUUCCUAUCCCAAUCCUGCCAAGAAAAUAAAAAUACACGCUGGACAUUCCAAAAAUACAUAAAUCCCUCUUACUAUAGAGUAAGGCGCUCGGCUGCAGGCACUGCACAACAUGCCACACACACACAUUCCUUGGAAAGAGUGUGUGUGUGUGGCAUGCAGGCACAGCGAAUGCAACCGAACACCUCUUACUUUAAAGUAAGGCGCCCAGCUGCAGGCACUGCACACCAUGCCAGACACACACAUUCCUUGGCAUGCAGCCGAAUGCCUCUUACUCUAGAGUAAGGCGCUCGGCUGCAGGCACUGCACAACAUACCAGACACAUACAUUCCUUGGAAAGAGUGUGUGUGUGUGUGGCGUGCAGGCACAGUGCCUGCAGCCAAGCACCUCUUACUCUAGAGUAAGGCGCUCGGCUGCAGGCACUGCACACCAUGCCAGACACACACAUUCCUUGGCAUGCAGCCGAAUGCCAGCUGAAGGCACUGUACACCGCACCACACAUUCACUCUCUUUCCAAGGAGAGUGUGUAUGUGUUGUGAUGUGCACACAAGCCCGGAAAGCACACGCGUCUGCCAGUGUCUGCACCUAAACUAGGAGUAGCUGUCGCACACAAACACAAAGAGUGUUUUGCUUGGUCAGUUGUGAGAUUUGUUUCCGUUUCACGAUCAUGCUAUAUUUGGGGUAAAAUGUGUUAGUUUUAUAGCUCUCUCUCUUUUUGUUAGUAACACAAUAAACGUAUUGCAAAUGUUGUUUGCUCCCAAAGGGAGAAGGAAA